AUGCUCCCGCGACAAGCAGCAUCGCUGUCGCGCGCCUCUCACAUUCCCUCCAGAGCGUCACCGCUGUGCAGACGGCUGCCCCGAUCCGCCCUCUCGCAGAACCGCACCUUCUUCACAGGCAAUGGCAAUCCCGAGUCCUCGGCAAAACGCGCGCAGCUGCUGGGCUCGGCAGCGCUCAGGAGCCCGCGCCUGAACAGAGACCUCGCGCGCUCCAUCUCCACAAAGCCGCUCCCAGCGCCGACCUCGCGGCUCGCCCGCUACGCGUGGCGCACCGCGGCGUGGCUGGGCGUCUUCGUGGCCAUUAGCGGUGGCCUCGUCGUCGGCUUCUUCAUCUACGACGCCACCACGUACAAGGAGGAGCCGGACACGGUCGACAUCCCCGUGUCGGAGCUGGCGCUGAACCCGCGGCGCGGCGGGCCCAAGAACCUGCCCAUUGCAGACCAUUUCGUCGACGACGACGAUUGCCCCGAGAACAGGGCCGUCAAGCACAAGCCCAAACUCGUCAUCCUGGGCACCGGCUGGGGAAGCGUCGCGCUGCUCAAGACGCUGAAUCCGGACGAGUACCACGUCACCGUCAUCUCGCCGUCGAACACGUUCCUGUUCACGCCCAUGCUGCCGUCCGCGACCGUCGGCACGCUGGAGCUGAGGUCGUUGGUCGAGCCUGUCAGGCGCAUCGUCCGGAGGGUGCGCGGCCAUUUCCUCAAGGCCAAGGCCGAGGACGUCCACUUUUCCGAGAAGCUCAUCGAGUGCUCGUCCAUUGGCGCCAAUGGCAAGGAGAGCCGCUUCUACGUCCCCUACGACAAGCUGGUUGUUGGCGUGGGCUCCGUCACGAACCCCCACGGCGUCAAGGGGCUCGAGAACUGCCACUUCCUCAAGGACAUCAGUGACGCACGGCUGAUCCGCAACGCUGUGGUGCGGAACCUGGAAACCGCGUGCUUGCCCACCACGAGUGACGAGGAGCGCAGGAGGCUGUUGUCCUUUGUCAUCUGCGGUGGCGGGCCGACGGGUGUUGAGUUUGCGGCUGAACUGUUCGACAUGCUCAACGAGGACCUGUGCAAGCACUACCCGCGAAUCCUGCGCAACGAGAUCUCCGUCCACGUCAUCCAGUCCCGCAGCCACAUCCUCAACACGUACGACGAGGCCCUGUCGCAGUACGCCGAGACGCGAUUCGCCCACGAUUCGGUUGACAUCCAGACAAACGCUCGCGUGAAGGAGGUUCUGCCGGACAGGAUUCUGUACUCGCAGAAGGGCGACGGCGAGAAUGCAAAGGUAGUGACCAAGGAGAUACCCAUGGGCUUCUGUCUCUGGUCGACGGGCGUGGCGCAGACGGACUUUUGCAAGAAGCUUGCCGCACAGCUCGACGGACAGAACAACAAGCACGCCCUCGAGACCGACACGCACCUCCGCCUCAGCGGCUCGCCCCUCGGCGACGUCUACGCCAUCGGCGACUGCGCAACCGUCCAGAACAACGUCUCGGACCACAUUGUCAACUUCCUCCGCACCACCGCCUGGGAGAAGGGCAAGGACCCGGAGAAGCUGCAGAUUUCCUACGCCGACUGGCGCGGCGUCGCCAAGCGCGUCAAGCAGCGCUUCCCGCAGGCCGCGAACCACCUGCGACGCCUCGACAAGCUGUUCGAAGCCUACGACAAGGACAAGUCCGGCACCCUCGAUUUCGGCGAGCUGCGCGAGCUGCUGUUCCAGAUCGACUCGAAGCUGACGUCGCUGCCCGCCACGGCGCAGCGCGCGCACCAGCAGGGCCAGUACCUGGGGCGCAAGUUCAACAAGAUUGCGCACGCGGCGCCGGGCAUGGCGCUCAACGACGUCGACUACGGCGACAUUGACGACGCCGUGUACAAGGCCUUCGAGUACAAGCACCUCGGCAGCCUGGCCUACAUUGGCAACGCGGCCAUUUUCGACUGGAACGGCUACGGCCUCAGCGGCGGCCUGCUGGCCGUCUACCUGUGGCGAAGCGUCUAUUUCGCACAGUCGGUCAGCCUGCGCACCCGCGUCCUGCUGGCCAUGGACUGGACCAAGCGGGCGCUUUUUGGCCGUGACAUGAUGAACUUUUAG